AUGUACUCGCUUUUUCUCUGUCUCUCACUGUCUUUCUCUGUCUUUCUCUCUCUUUCUCUCUUUUUCUCUCUUUUUCUCUCUCUUUCUCCUUUUUCUCUUUCUUUCUCUCUCUUUCUCUCUCUUUCUCUCUUUUUCUCCUUUUUCUCUCUUUUUAUCUCUCUUUCUCUCUUUUUCUCCUUUUUCUCUCUCUUUUUCUCUCUCUUUCUCUCUUUUUCUCCUUUUUCUCGCUUUUUCUCUCUCUUUCUCUCUCUUUCUCUCUCUCUUUUUCUCCCUUUUCUCUCUUUUUCUCUCUCUUUCUCUCUUUUUCUUUCACUUUCUCCUUUUUCUCUCUCUUUAUUGCUCUUUCUCCCUCUUUCUCUCUUUUUCUCCUUUUUCUCUCUUUUUCUCUCUCUUUCUCCUUUUUCUCUCUCUUUCUCCUUUUUCUCUCUCUUUAUCGCACUUUCUCUCUUUUUCUCCUUUUUCUAUCUUUUUCUCUCUCUUUCUCUCUUUUUCUCUCUCUUUCUCCUUUUUCUCUCUCUUUCUCUCUCCUCUCCUUUUUCUCUCUCUUUCUCCUUUUUCUCUCUCUCUCUCCUUUUUCAUUUAUCCACCCUGUUCCUUUUUCUAUAUCUUCCACUUUUUUUCCUUAUCUCUUUCUCUAUAUUUUUCUUUAUCUCUCUCUUUUUUCGACCCUCUCUUUAUAUUUCCUCUUUCUCUCCCUCUCCGUCUCUUUCAAUCACUUUCUCGCUUUCUUUCUCUAUGUUUCUUUACCUUUUCCCCUCUCUUUCACACACCCACAAACUCACACAUGCAUACGUGUCCUCAAGCAAUAAUGCAUACACUUUCGUAUCAGUGAUGCAAUAA